AUGUCUCGCUCCCAGAACGAGGAGUUUCAGCAAUGGUGGAACAAGCAACGUGAUAGAACAACCAAUCACGACGUUCUCUACACCGGUGACGAUGAAUCUUUCCUCACCGUCGAAAUCCGUACUCCCGUCGUUGACGAACCCGAUAAAAAAGAUCGGAUCCGUACUCGUUCCGCUCGUCAGCUCUCUCGUCUCUACCUCCUCAAGUUCAAACAACUCGCUUCUUCCUUCCUCUGGAUCGGUCACUCUUUCCUUUACCUUCUCCGCACCGCCAAUCGCCGCAUUGCCAACGACAACCCCCCCUCCGUAUCCUCCUCCGCUCGAUUGUACCGUCUCAUCAAAGGAUUCUUAGUUCUCGUUGUGCUUCUUCUCUUUUUCGAGCUCGCUGCUUAUUUUAAAGGAUGGCAUUUCACUCCUCCUUCUGUUGCUUCCGCUGAGGUUGCUCUUGAGGUUGUUUACGCUUGGUGGCUUGAGAUCAGGGCUUCGUAUCUUGCUCCGCCGCUUCAGAGUUUGACCAAUGUGUGUAUUGUUCUGUUCUUGAUUCAGUCCGUUGACCGUUUGGUUCUUGUGCUUGGAUGUUUCUGGAUCAAGCUUCGUCGUAUUAAGCCUGUUGCUUCUAUGGAGUAUCCGACUAGAUUGGUUGGUGAUGGUGUUAGAUUGGAAGAUUAUCCUAUGGUGAUUGUGCAGAUUCCUAUGUGCAAUGAAAAGGAGGUUUACCAACAAUCUAUUGGGGCUGUGUGUAUGCUUGACUGGCCUAGAGAAAGAAUGCUAGUUCAGGUUCUUGAUGACUCCAGUGAGUUAGAUGUUCAGCAGCUUAUCAAAGCUGAA